AUGUCGUCCAAUUUGUUGAACUUCAACAAACCAUGCAACGGAUGUCGACGUCGAAAGGUCCGCUGCGAUAAGGCCAAGCCAUGCCUCAACUGUGUUCGUCAUGGCAUUUCUUGUGUCUACGAUCCCCAGAGGGAGCCCGGCAUCCCCAGCCCCGAAAGUCAACAGCAGCUGCAGGAGAGAGUCGACCGACUGGAAAGGGUGAUCGAGGAGAUGAAGGGCAUGUCUGUUCGAGGAGAAUCACUUAAGGCGACUAGCAGCUCGUUUCCGUCUGCGAGUCCAGCAACAAGCCACUUUGGCGAGUUUUACCACGAACGAGAUGAGUCCCUGGCUGGAGAUCCUGGAAUGCAGGUUUACGACGAGAACGUUUCCUAUUAUCUUGGACCCGACUACUGGCUCAACCUCCAAGACGUUGUCUACGAGCCGAGAUGCCUAUUCCGUAUCGACUCGGAUAAGACGGGCAAGAAUCCCGCAAGUCCGUCUUCCUGGCCUAUUGGUCGAACACCCGUUCUGACCGAUCUUUCUCAUCUACACCUUGAACCCGAGAAGGAAGAUAUCUUGACCGACCUUUUCCUUGCGCAUGUUGAGCCCUACGUUCGAAUAGUCCACGAGUCCUACUGGCGGCAGCAAAUCACAGAUUUCCGAGUGGGCGUCCACAAAAUCCCGAUAGACGUGGAGGCAGGCAUGUUUGCAACCCAAGCCAUGACCGUUGCGGCAUUGCCGGCAAACCUUAUCCAAGAGAGGUUAGGCAAACCGAAAAAGGAUCUCCUUCGACACCUGCAGGAAGCUACCCAACUAGCCCUCGAGAGAGCAGACAUUUUGCGGAGUAGGAAGGUUUUGGCUUUCUUUGCUCUGCUCUAUCAUAUUCAAGCGAAAUUCAUCACGGGUGAUGGAGAAAUCGCAGUUUCUCUCCUCGGAUUAGCUGGCCGAUUUGGAACAAGACUUGGACUGCACCGAGAUCCGAGUCACUAUAGCUAUUCGCCCUGGAUAGCAAAUAUGAGACGCCGGGUCUGGACUCACUUCGAAAUCAUGGACAACCCGGUGUACAAUUUGGAGGGCGCAGACUCUGGCCUGCCAUCAAUAUCCGACGUCCAGCCCGCAAAGAAUGCAAACGACAGUCAGUGGAUGCCAAAUCGAUUUGCAAAACCAGGCUCUGCCCCUCCAGAUCAAGAUGGAAUCACGGACAUGUCUUUUGUCUUGAUACGGCAGCAUCUGUUCAAGACGAUGCAAUCAAUAACGCGAAGGAGGAACGACACGAGCCCGGAAGAGCUGAAUAGGAUAAUUGACCAGACUGAGAACUUUAUCAAGGCUAAGUUUAUAUCCCACGUUGACGGCAGCUCUGCAAGCCAUGCGAUAAUUGUAUCAUAUUUCAGAACAAGUAUGAGGAGCAUGCGACUUCUAGUUGAAACCGUUGUGGCUCGACAUACCGGUGCUGGUCAAGAUGCUGAAUUCCGAUCGGGAUUCUAUCAAGAGUGUGUGGAAAUUCUAGAGGAAGCAGAGCGCGGUGAAGCAGUGGCUCUCCAAAACCAUUGUGGCUGGAUCUACAGAUGGCCGACGACACCCUUCACGAUUUCAAAUAUUCUCAUCGGUCUCGCUCAACAACCAAAACAUCCGGUUACGGAUCGAGCAUGGCGGCAAAUGAACAUUGUGUUCCGGAGACACAACAACGAGGACAUUAGCAUGCGCAAGUUUGCUGCUUGGAGAGUCAUCGAGGCUCUAUGCGACCAGGCUAUGCUUUACCACAAGCAGAGAUCACACGAAGGAGCGUGGUAUGCCCAGAGGUUAGACCAAGUCCAGGCCUUAACUACGGCGCAGGGAAAGGCCUCCCUCUCACUGGAGAAUGCGACAGUCGACGACAUCCUAGGCGACGUGCAAAUGUUUGGUCAAGAUGCUUCAGUCUUGGGUGGUCACAGCUAUUUUGCAGCUCAGCAAGCACUUGAGCCGCUGGGUUAUCCUCCUUGGAAUCAGUCGCCAACUGAACAAUCUCACGGUCAGAGUCAACCGCAUCCGCACCAGCAUCCUCAUCCGCAUCAACCACCGUCUGAUGAUGGCGAAGACAUAUGA